UUAUGUGUUGGAGAGGGACUGUUUGUAAGAGGGUGUAGUGAAGGGACAAGGGGGAAUGGCUUCAGUCUGACAGAGGGCAGGGUUAGAGUGGAUAUUGGGAAGAACUUAUUAGGAAGAAGCUCCCUAUCCUUUUACCAGAAUCUGGGAAGGUCAGCACAUCUCAGGAAGUGAUUACUCACUGUGAAACGUGGCCAUGUGUGCUUAUCCUUGCUGAAAGAAUGUUCUUAAUGCUGCUUUGUGGAUCCACAUCUUUCUAUGGAAGGGAGUGCAUCACCAGAAUGCUGCUUUAUCUGGGAGUUUUAUUUAUUUAUUUGAGUUAAAGCCUCUCCACAGCACCACAGGCCUCCUUGAGAGGAGGGCACAGGAAAAGGAUUGUUUGGCCAUUGCAGGAAAUCCAUUGUCUGGCUCUGUCAAGCCAGGAAUGUCCCCCUCAGUCUUCCCUUCUGGUCCUUUUUCCAGUGGACAAACACCUCUCUGCAGCUGUAGGACACCAACACUGAAGUGCAGUAGCUAAAUAAUUCUCUUCUGAAGAAGAAGAGGAUUAUUUGCAGGCUCAUUCUUCACUAAAGGAUUUCUCUCUCUUAGUGCUUUAGUGUAGCUGGUUGGUGGCCAUUUGUUCUGCCCCUGAAAUUCCCAGAUCUCAACUGGGAGCAGCUGCAGAAGGGUGGGGUGAAGUUUUAAUGGUGUUCUUAACCAUCUUCAUCCUUUGUUUUCUAUUCACACAUUUGAAAAAUGCAAAGCAAAAGGCUGCCAUUUCCAAACCAGCAGUCACAAAACGGUGUUGGGCAGUGUUGGUGUUGAGGGGCAGCCCUGAGGCCUCAGCUGUGGCAGGGAUGGGGACAGAGCCUCCUGUCCACACGCUGGGGCUUGCUGGAGACUGGUCCAGGAAAAUCAUAUGUUUUCCUCUGUGCAAACAUAUUUAAGCUUGUACAUCCCUGCAGAGGAAGAGCAGGCUGCUGGCACAGUCCCAGGUGCUGCUGUCUCCACAGGCUGGGUUAGAGUAGCUCAAAUGAAAAGAAAAGCAAAAGCAACCCAAGAAAACAGCUGUGCCAGUGCAAAACUGUGCAGCCUCCAGACCUUAGCUGAGGACAGCACCAAGGUGCAGCAGGACCAGCUGCUGUGAAUCCUGAGGGAUUUGGGUACAGUGUGGCUGUUCUGACCCCGCUGCUGAGGCUGCUGGUGGUGUUUUUAGGGGCAGAUUUUAGUCUAGACUCCUUUCAUUGCUGUCAGACUCCACAGUGCUGGUUUGCAGGGUUGGUUUGUGUGUUCUGUGUUUCCAUUCUGGGAUUUGCAGGUAGGGACACAUGGUGUUUUUAUCCUUAAGGAAGAAGGGGUGGAAUUAAAACUCAGCAAAGACCUCUCUGUGUAUUUCAUCUGUGGGAUCAGCUCUGCCAAAAUCAGCAACACGCCUGAUGCUGGGAGCUGGGAAGCACCACAGGGAGCCGGGAGCCAACAAAUCAUCUCAACACCUCCAUGAGGCAUUAAGUCUGAUCUAUUGCUCUGUCUGAAACCUCACCAGGGAACACAAGUGUUAGAAAUGGCAGAAAAGGUGAAUAACUUCCCACCGCUCCCCAAGUUCAUCCCUCUGAAACCAUGUUUCUACCAGAAUUUUGCUGAUGAAAUCCCCAUCGAUUACCAGUUCCUGGUGAAGAGAAUCUAUCAUGUGUGGAUCUUUUACUGCAUCACGCUGGCCGUGAACCUCAUCGCCUGCCUGGCCUGGUGGAUCGGGGGAGGCUACGGGGCCAACUUUGGCCUGGCCAUCCUCUGGCUGGUCCUCUUCAGCCCCUGUGGCUACGUCUGCUGGUUCCGACCUGCCUACAAAGCCUUCCGGUCGGACAGUUCCUUUAAUUUCAUGGCCUUUUUCUUCAUCUUUGGGGCACAGUUCCUCCUCACGGUGCUGCAGGCGAUCGGCUUCUCCGGAUGGGGAGCGUGUGGAUGGUUGGCAGCCAUCACCUUCUUCAGCACCAGUGUGGCAGCUGCUGUGUUCAUGCUGUUCCCUGCCAUCAUGUUCACCAUGUCAGCGGUCGCAAUGCUCAUCUGCAUUGUAAGGGUACAUAAAAUCUACCGAGGGGCUGGUGGAAGCUUCCAGAAGGCUCAAGAUGAGUGGAACAGCGGCGCAUGGAGGAACCCUCCCAGCAGGGAGGCCCAGUACAGCAAUUUUUCUGGGAACAGCCUGCCAGAGUACCCCACAGUGCCCAACUACCCCUCUGCAAACCAAUGGCCUUAAGCAGCAACAGCUGCAAACUGCCUGGAGUCUCUCCUUUUUGGUCUUUUUAUUCUUGUUCUUGGAAAAGAUCAUUUGCAUUCCCUCCCAAGCACCCCACUCAUCUCGAGGGCCUUUCUGGUUCUUGUCUCCUGAUCCCUGAGGAAUAUCCGUGCUCUCAGCCCUUCCCACCUCCACUGCACUGCACGGCCAUGGCAGAAAGCUUUUUGUUUGCCUUGAGUCACCAGUAUUUGCCUCGUUGCAGACUAAGAACAAACCCUUCGCUGCCCUUGCUUGAGGGAAUCCUCUCCUGACCAUCCCUGGAAAAGGCUCAGCUUCCCCACGAUGGCAACACUCCCACAGCUGCUCCUGCCCCUGCUCCUGCUCAGCUUCCAUGGAAUGCCCAGCACAGCACCACGCCGUCUGUAGCAAAGCAAUCAGAGCAUUAGUAGCAACUGGUGUUUACUCUCCUGGAUGAAUAAUGUGGAAUUUUUCACUCUAAGGGAAAUGCAGCACUUAAAUGAUUUGGUACUAGUGACACUGAAGUGAUUUGUGAAAGCUCCACCCUCCGUGGAGGAUCCCUGCAGGUAACAGAGGUGCCCUGGGUGAGUCCUCGGAUGGGAAGUCCCCACAAUCCUCCUUUGCCUGCUCAGACUGUUGUGAUGCUACAGAUCUUGCUUUCCCUGCUGCCAAAACCUCUUGCUGGAUCUGUGUGUUCCAAAGGUACAGAUUCAUCAACUUAGGUUCAUGAUUUCUCUGUAAAGCCUGAAUCAAAACCCAGUGCAGAGCUGACACUGGGCCUUGGUGAUGUCACCCUGGAACAGGGACUCAGCACGAGAUUUCCCCACCAUGUAACUUCCAGCCAGGUUUUGUGCUGGAUGCAAGAUAAUGAUUGAUCUCAGUGCUGGAGCCCCAGUGUGGUUUGGAAAUGCUUCUGUUACAAUGAAUAGUUUAAUUCUGCCUUCUGGUGUAGCUGAACUCCAGAUAUUACAGUGGGGUCUGGGAGACCAAGGGAAGUUUGUUAGUCCUCAUGGCUGCAGCUGGCAGGACUUCCAUGAGGGAGAGAUUCCUGCCUUUCUCCAGCAAUCAGCUGAAGGGAGGAUGAAGCUGUUGGGAGGGAUUGUUUUCCCUGAGAUUAUCCUCCACCUUGUCAUUCAUCUCCAUUCUGUGCCUGAGCCAUCCAAUUCCCUGUGUCCUGCAGCGAUCCAGGCAGCAAAGGCUGCGCUUUCCUCUUCCCCCUCAGCCUGCUGUGAAUUUUUUAAAACCUGUCCAAACUGGGAGGUCAGUUCCCAAUUUUUUUAUAGGGAGUGAGUAUUUCAAGUCUUUGGCUCUCAAAGUUUUGGCCAAUGAUCCAGAGUGCUCCAUUUGGGAGACCUAGGAGGGGUUGGGCACCCUGGGGAUCAGACCUGGAGCCUGCUGCCUUGGCAGGCUGUUGGUGGGGUUAUUCCAAAUUCCUAAAUUCACACUGAGCAACUGGAAAACACAACUGGCUCCUGGAAAGGGACAGAGACAUGGUCCUAGCUAGGUGGAAUUGAUUUGCAAGUGGUCUUUUGAAAUUUUUUCUCUACAUGUGCCUUAUCUAAUGAAAUCACAGUACACAGAGGAGAGCUCCUGCUUCCCCCUCGCCCCUGCAGAAUUCCCUGUUUUCCUGUUAACUCGUCCUGUGUCACACUGUAAAUAAUGAGGGAAGCACAGUCUGGAAUCUGCAAGACCCCUGUGUUACCAGGGCCAAAGCAAAAGCAACCCCAGAUUUCCCCAAAUUUCCGUUUACAGCCACACUGACCCCUGCUGCAGGAGCAGCCCUCCACUGGCUCUGGGAUGUGCAAUGUGCUCCCAGCACCAGGGGUUUUUCCUGGAGAGUGUGCAAUGUGCUUGGCAGGACGAGCUCUUGGAGCCUUCUUAACAGACCAUGACCUGAUGGCAUUGUGAAGCUUUUAGGUGCCUUUGUCUAGUGUCAAGUGUAAUUUUAAAUGUUCUUUGUCGCUUGCCAUCGGAGUGAUGGAAGAACUGCCUGGCGUUGACUCCCUGGAAAUACGAUGGAUGCACCACGGGGUGAGGGCUGAAGGUGGGAUUGGCCACGCCUGGGAGCCAGGACAUGGUGCACCUGUGUCCCUCAGUCCUGCCCCUUGCCAUCCUCUUGCCAAAAUUCUUCAAAACCAUUUGAUACCUGCCCCAUUUCAAUGUGUCAAGUUGGAGGUUUUGAAGGAACCAAGAGUGUUGCUGGGGGCUCCACAUCCUGCUUCUCUUUGGGAUUUUCCCCUUGGAGAAUCUGGGGGCUGUGUUGAAGCAUCCACCCUCAGUCACACUGGAAAUGUUUGAUGCAAGGAGAGGGGGUGCCUGGGAGCCUGCCCACCGGAAUGGUUGGAGCUGGACACCAAAAUCACACCCUGUUAGCCUGCACUGCCUGAGAUCCCUGUGGAGAUCAAUGCACCUCCAGCUGGGAGCUCCAUCCCCUCCCCUCCCUCCUCUUCAAUGCCAGAAACCGUAAUUCCAGAAAGUCCAACACGCUGCCUGAACAAAUGGCUUAAUUUUUUUCUUUUUUUUUUUUUUUGUUUUUUGGACUCCUCUGUAUGUUUUUAAAUGUUUACAUUAGAUUUCUAAAAGUUCUUAACACCAUUAACCCGGCCCUGGCUCCUGGUGUGGUCGGGCGUCACGUGGCGUGUCUGUGUGUGAUGUUUCGUGUCACCUGUGGAGCUCUGGGUUUUGUUUGUGUUUUUCUCCUGAUCACAAGACAAUAAAUGCUCAUCCUGUGCUUGAUGAGGAGAACUGGC